CAACCUCUAAGCUUCAAGUCUGAACGUGACUGGAGAUUACUGGAGAACCUUUUUUCACUUACCAUUUCCUUCUGGUAACAACCUCCACACCUUUGAUGUCUGUUUUUACUCUCGAAGCUUCACUUUACAGACCGAUGUUCUCCAGAAAAUACCAAAGAAUCAACCAUUUGAAACAUCCUGCGGCAGUCUCAGUUGGGACCACGCUGCUGACACAAACACACUCUUCACCUGGCGGACACAAACUGUCAGUCUCAACCAUGGCCCGCCUGGACCAGGUCAUCACAAACAUUGUGGACAUUUUUAUGGAGUAUGCUGAUGACGGCGGCAAGAAACGUCAGCUGAACAAGGAGGAGCUCAAAAAGCUCUUCGAACAGGAAAUCCAGAGUCCCGACUUAAAGGAUAAAAUCAGUGCAGGUGACAUUGAGGAAGCAAUGGAGAUAUUGGACAAGAACCACGAUGGAGAGGUGAACUUCCGCGAGUUCUGUCGGUGUGUGUGCGACCUCGCUAAAUGCUACUACCACAAGAAGACAGGAAGGGGAGGAAAGAGAGGCAAGGGGAAAGGCCAGGAGGGGGAGGAGGGAGAAGGCUGACGAAACUAAAAGGUCCGACCAAAUAACAGAAAAAUGUUGUCUAGAUGUAAUGUUUUCCUCAAAGGUGGUACUGCUGACUCUUCAAGCUGCUGAAAAAAAAAAGAUUCCUUGUAUACUGGUUUCCAAACAAACGUGCAUAAUGUGUGAAAAUAAAUUAUAGCUAUGAA